AUGCUUCGAUUUAUUGUAGUUCUCUGCUUAAUUUCUACUGUAGUUCAAGGCUUUGGUCUGUUCUCUGUGCUGCUGAGUCCCAAGUCUUUAGAGUUUACUGGAGAUGAUAAACUAGAGAGCGCUUAUGUGGGCGAUGUACUCCUUGCUGCACUGGGAAAUGCUGUAGCUGGAUCAAGUAAAUGGACGGGCAUGUCUGUACGCGAUCCUUUUAGCUUGGCGCAGACGACGAUCAUUGUGAUAUUGGUGCGCGGUGUGCUGAAUAUGACGACUCCACAAGGUGCGGGCAGCUAUGAAUUGAAAGGUAUUGGUGUAGAGGAUUCCUUGAAUUAUAUGGUUAGCCAGUUGCCCAAAGAAACGGUGAAUGACAUCAACUUUACGAAUCACAAGGAGGGAAUGCGCAAAUUUAAAGAAUGCUUUGGCACACUGGAUGCACCCGUUGUGCAGCCCGUACAGAUUCUUCGUCCUAAGCAAUACUGGAGCCACAAGCAUUUUCUUGAUCAAUUAGGUCUAAUCAAACUUGCUACGCAGAAGUUGGAUAUCGUUCUGAAGCCGUCGCAUGUUUUGAUCUUUCGCAUGUCAUUGGAUGGCAUUGUCAAAGUGGCACGAUAUGCACCGAUAAGUGAGGCCAAAGCAUUACUUGCCACAAUCAUUGCAAAUUUACUGAAUGUUAUCAGAGAACGUAAUGAGUCUGUGCUCUUGGUGCAAGUGACCCUUGGACAGAAAACACAAUUGCUUACAAAGAGUCAAACAAGAGAGAAAAUAAGUAAGAGUCCCUUUGAGAAAAUGAAUGAUAAUGUGGAUCAUCCAAUUCUUGCCAAUAUUAUAAUUUGGUUCAGUGUCAUCUUUGCCCUUGUGAUCACGAUUAUUUGCUAUGCAAUUGCCACAAUCGAUCCGGGCAGAGACUCAAUAAUCUAUCGUGUAUCCACCGUCAAGGAUUGGACAAAGAAAAAACAUUAA